AUGUCCAGAAACCUUGCCAAUCCAUCCUGUGUGUUAUAUGCUGCGCGAAACCUUGUCAUUGAGGACCGCCCAGUCCCAGAAAUUACCGACCCUCACUACGUUAAAAUUGCCGUCAAAAAGACGGGGAUCUGUGGCUCCGACGUGCAUUACUACCAAAACGGCCGCAAUGGGCUCAAGGUGGUCAAGUCACCUAUGGUGCUUGGACAUGAGUCCUCCGGUGUGAUUGCCGAAAUUGGCUCCGAGGUCACCUCUGUGAAGGUGGGCGACCGUGUGGCCAUCGAGCCGGGCAUUCCGUCCCGUUACUCCGAUGCCUACAAGAGCGGUAACUACAACUUGUGCCCGUGCAUGGUCUUCGCAGCCUCCCCUCCAAACAAUGGAACCUUGGCCAGAUAUUUUAUGGUACCUGAUGACUUUGUGGUUAAGUUACCGGAUCACGUGUCUUUGGAAGAAGGUGCCAUCGUGGAGCCGUUAUCUGUCGCUGUGCACUCAUGCAGAUUGGCAAAUGUCACCUUUGGCGACAGAUGUGUGAUCUACGGUGCUGGUCCGGUCGGUUUGUUGAUUGCCGCGACGGCCAAAGCCUACGGAGCGACCGAAAUUAUGGUUGUGGACAUUUUUGAUGACAAGUUAGAGCUUGCGAAGCAGUUAGGCGCCACUCACACAUACAACUCAUCCGAGGAUAGAGGCGCUUCGGAGGAUGAUAACAGGACCUUCCAGUUGGCUGCUUUUGGCGGAAACGUUCCAAAUAUUGUCUUCGACGCCACCGGGGUCGAGGCGUGCAUCACUGCCGGGAUCAAUCUCAUCAAGGUUGGUGGGACCUUUAUGCAAGUAGGUGUCGGUAAGGUCAAGAUCGAGUUCCCAAUGGCUGCCGUGGGCAACAAGGAGCUUACGGUCAAGGGGGUCUACAGGUACUCACACGACGACUACCGCUUGGCGGUGAAGUUGGUGGGCGAAGGUAAGGUUGACGUGAAAAAGUUGGUCACCCACAGAUUCACGUUUGACCACGCCGUGGAAGCCUACGAGGUCGUUAGCCAGGGUAGAGCCGUCAAAUGUAUUAUUGACGGACCAGAAGAUGCCGAGUAG